CUCUGUGCCAGAGGAGAGGAGUGAUCAACCUGAGAGUUUAAACAAACCAGAGAGCCGGCAGGGCAGAGCAGAACACUCACACACUCUCGCGUAGGCACACACUCACACACACAGCUGUUGAGCGCUGAGGAAACUCUACUGAGCUGGAGCGGAGAGCGGAGCUGAGACAAAAAACAGAGAUCUGUACCUGAACAGCAGAGCUUAUCGAAGGAGAAGAAGCCUGGGACAAAACAGACCAGACCUUUGCCCCCACUGCAAACUUUCACCUCCCAACCCUUGUCCAUCAGACCCCCUCCUCCUUCAGCCAAGCCCUCCACACACUGACUAAAGCUUCACAUUCUUCAGUGUCCAGAGGAUCUCACUCACAGACGUUAACUCAUAGACUGAGAGGCUGUCUGGCCUGUCUCCAAAGUGGCUACAGCUAUAUCGAUGGAAGCCCCAACCCUGGCUGAGAUGGGAGAAUUGUGUCACCCCCGGUCUUCCUCUCCAGAGGGGGAGACGGUGUGUGCAGCUCUGGCCCGGUAUGAGAACACUCUCAGGGAUGCCAUCAGGGAGAUCCACGUGGAUGUCAGCACUUUUAAGCUGAGCAUGGAGCGUCGUCUGGAGGAGACAGCCAACCUGAGCGGGCCUCUCGGGCGAGCCAUGGCUCAGCUCCAGCAGGAGAACCGCCAGCUCAGGAGCCAGCUGGAGGCUCUCACCCGACAGGUGGAGCUCCUGAGUGGGAUGACGUGCGACAGGAGCACCUUGCUCAACAACAGCCACAAUCACAAUCACAAGAAUCACCUUAGUGACAUUCAGGAGAACCAUCAGGAGAUAAAAGAGGUGAUCUAUGGGAAGGGUCAGGCCCACACUCAGAGCCAGGCUCACCUCCACAUCCAGUCCUGCAACCUGGGGAGCCAAAACCAGAGCUACGGCAGUCAGUCCAGCUCUGCAUCCCCACCUGUCACCUUCUCAUCCUCCUCGGGCUCCAGCAGUCCUCCUGUGGGCUCCAGAGUAUCCUCCAUGAUGACAGGCCCGGUGUCAGGCAGCAGCCCCUCCACCGCCCGCUUCUCCAGCCGAGCCACAUUCGCUGUGUCCAGCAAGACGAAUAGUAUUGAGAGAGAGGAGCCAAUAGAGGUGGACCCCGCCCCAACACAUGCCGGCCUGGAGAAUGGACACACUGCAGCCACAGAACAUUCAACAUUAGUACAUGGAAAGAUCUCUCCACCCAAUGACUUACCACACGAGCACACAGCACCCAUCGCUAUGCGAAUGCCACACCUCCCCAUCACCGCUACAACCAAGACGGCAGAACUUAAGAACCCCAACUCUCCCAGCAGCCCCGUCGGUUCUCGUUCCUCUCCGGUCAAUGAGGCCUCACCUACUGGCCAAUCAGCUGCUAUCACCAAAGAGACCCAACCAAUAGACGAGUCUUCAGUUCAACCAGUAUCUACAUGGACCCCUACACCUAUUAGAGCUCUGGGAUCUCCUCGCCUUCAAGAGAAAGCCAAUUCAGCCCCUGCUAAGUCUGUGACCUAUUCUGGGAUUCUGCAGCACGACAGAGAUGCUGAUGUAAGCAAUGACAGACCCUUCGUGCAGGUCGGAGAGAGGAGGCGGGAGUUGGUGAGGUCACAGACUCUGCCUCGUAACAUUGGUGCUCAGGCUCGUCGAAAUAUCUUCGAAAGACUGGACUCUGAAGCCAGUAGCAGUCGCCCCAAACCAGUGGACUCUAAACCCAAGCUUAAGCGAUCCCAGAGUUUUGGGGUGUCCAGCGCCAGCAGCAUCAAGCAGAUCCUUCUUGAGUGGUGUCGCUCCAAGACCAUAGGCUACCAGAACAUCGACAUCCAGAACUUCUCGUCCAGUUGGAGUGACGGGAUGGCUUUCUGCGCUCUGGUGCACUCCUUCUUCCCCACCGAGUUUGACUACACGUCUCUGUCUCCCACCAACCGCAAAGAAAACUUUGAGCUGGCCUUUGGAACUGCAGAAGUGAAGGCAGGCUGCGACCGGCUGAUCGAGGUGGAUGACAUGAUGAUCAUGGGUCGUAAACCAGACCCCAUGUGUGUUUUCACCUACGUCCAGUCCCUCUACAAUCACCUGCGCAAGUUUGAGUGAUGCUCAGAUGCUAUUUUGUUGCACGGUUCUCAUAUUUUUUAGACUCUUUUGACCUCUUCUUCAUUCACUGUGCCCAACUUGAAGCAGAGUGGAGAUCCAGAUCCAGGGGAGCACUUUUAAAAGGCUACGCUGCCCCCUGCUGCUGGAUUAAAAACAGUUUCUCCACGUGCUGCAGGAAAAGUGCUCACACAUCAGUUCACAGUGAACUCAUGGGGGGAAUAGUGUGUGUGUGCUGCUUUGUUAACUGUAAUGAAGAAGAUGAGUUUACACACAGAUGUCAGGGUUGGUUUGUCAACUGUAUUUUUUUUUCUGUGAGUGUGUGUGUGCGUGUGUGUGUAGUUGAGAUAUAUUGGACAAACUAUUGCUGUGUGGUACAAAUCUUUAUUAUCAUCACACCAGUUUGAAAGCACAUGUCCAUAUUAACAUUUAAUAUUGCACCAGUAGAGAGGAUGCAUGUUUCACAAAUGUCACUGAAUGACUCAGCUGUAGGCAUGCUGUGAUGAAGCAGAGCACACUGUGGGCCAGAAUAUCUGAUGAAAUGUUAGAGGAAAUCAAAUGAUGUGUUUAUAAAAACGCAGCUGAUUGCUGAUUUGUACUUACAUCCACAUAUAUGCUGUGAUAAUGUGUGACUGAGAUCAAUAAACUGUACCAUCUGA